AGAAGAAUCACAAAGUCGCAGCGCAGAGCAAGAGGAGAGAGAGGAAUAAUUCAGGUGGCUACAAUGACAGACAGCAAGGAAAUCAUCCCACCGCCGUACGACCUGAACGCCAAAUGGGACGCAUGUCUCGAUCUGACGGUCCGGCGCUUCGUCUACUCCUCCUUGGGCGGUGCCUUUGGCGGCCUCCUUCUGUUCAGGAGUCCUGUGACUCGUUGGGCUUCUGUAGCUUUUGGCGCUGGAGUGGGCAUUGGAUGUGCAUACACAGAGUGCUCCCGUUUGUUUGAGGGAUCUCCUGCAAAGUUGGCUGCUCCUAAGAUUAUUGAGGUCCCUGCUCCUCAGGACGGACACGAUUGAAUUUAUGCGAAGUCAAGUUAACCGACAGUUUUGGGAUUCAAAUUGGAGGGUUUUUGACUGUCGGUCGUGUUUUUGCCUGCAGGGGAUUUGAGUAUGUGGUACAAAUACUGUUUUUGAUUGAUAAAGAUAUCACCUGAUCUUACUCAGACUUAAUACAAAUUUGUUACCUCUUGUUUUGUAAUGCUGUCACUCUGUCAAACUUAGUUUGUGGAAGGAAAAAAUAAUUGCAAUUGCGGCCGACGUUUGGUGUCUUUGACGACUAAGCAAAAGGAAACCGGUCAGAAGUAUGUUUGAUGCGCACCGUCGUUUACUGAUAAUGUUUCUAGGGUAUGCUAACAAUAGUAGUUGUGCUUGGCAAUGCUGAACAGUCAUGUAGUGUUCUGCUUUGAUCUUAUUGGUUAAAACUUUGAGAGACAGUACAAGUGAUUAGAAAUUCA